AUGAAAUUACUUUCUAAUUUCAAAACCUCUCAACCACACAACAAUGAAACAAAUAUCUUUCCCAAUCUUUCCAAAACUCUGGUCAAGCUUACUUUCAAGCCUCUUCCCAAUCCAAAUCUACACAUUCCCACAUAUGUCAAAGCAAUAGAAUUCAAUCAUGAUAGAACCCUCCUAGCAAUUUCUAACUAUUACGGGGUUAUUAGCAUAUUCAAAGUUAUUGAUGAUAAAAAACGUGAAUCCACCAAAUUUGAAUAUUUUUGCUCCUUUGACCUUUACAAACCUGUUAGAUGUUUAAAAUUCAUUGAUCGAUUGAAAUAUAUUGUUUGUGGAUGUGAUUCGAGUAAUGUACAUGUGAUUGAUUAUGACAAUAAUGUAGAAAUUACAAGAUUGCCUUGUGAUUUUGGAAAAUGUCGAUCUCUAUUAGUUCAUCCUAAAUAUCCAUUCAUAAUGGCAGGAGGUGAUAAUGGGAAAAUUAUUAUAUGGAAUUGGGAAAAGAAUUUCGCUAUUGAACAUGUCCUGGCACCACCAAAAUUUAUUUUUGAUUUAUAUAGAUAUGUUAUGUCCAUGUCUAUGAAUUAUUUCAAUUCAGAUAUUGUAGUUUCUGGUUAUUUGAAUGAUGCCAUUAUGGUGUGGAAUAUUCCUUUUAAGGAACUGAGUGAAUACAGAAACAAAGAUAACACUAGUUUUAUCAAAACAUCGAACAAACCAAAACCAAUUGGUAAAACUAUCAGGACUAAAUCAACAGUCAAUUGUGUAGAUUGUUACAGAGGAUAUGAUUACAAUAGAAGAAAUUGGUUUGUUGCUUCUUUUGAUGAUGGAACCACUCAAAUAUUCGACAGUAAAACAUGUCAAUGCAUUGUGAAACUAUCUCAAGUUCAUGAACAACCUGUUACAACAUGUAUCUUUGAGGGUGAUUUCUUAUUUUCAGGAUCAGAAGAUGGCCAAGUAUAUAUGUAUAACUCUACAAAUGGCUUUAAAUGUAUUAGAGAUAUAUCAUGUUCUGCUUCAGUAUGGUGUAUGCAAAUUGACAAGUCAAUUACAAAUCAUGAUAAAUUGAGAAAUGAGUCUUUUACUAAACUUUCAAUUGGAAGCACAGAUAAUGCCUUACAUUAUGCUUUUAAGAAGGAGUUUGAGGAGUAUCCUGCAUUGAAAAUUAAUCAAGAUCCCAAGUUUCAUGAUGUGGAGAUUGUAACUAGAGUAUCUAAUGUGUUGAUAGUUGACUCAUUCAAAUACCACAUGAAACUAGCUGAAACUGAUGCAACAGCUCAAUAUCAUGUUGGAAUAAUGUUGAAAAAUGGACAAGAUGUAGAAAAGGAUGAAAGAGAAGGUUUUCAAUGGUUAUUGAAAGCUGCCAAGAAUGAUAACACCCUUGCACAAUUUGAGGUUGGCAUGUUUUACCUGAACACUGAUAAGAAUUACGAACGUGCACACAAAUGGUUAUUGAAAUCUGCCAGUAAUGGACAUGAUGAGGCACAAUACCAAAUGGCAUGCAUGUUUCAUGAAGGAGUUUGGGUAAAGCAAGAUUUUACACAAGCAUUUGAUUGGGCAUAUAAGGCAGCUCAACAACAUCACAGUAUGGCAAUUCAAUUUAUCAUUGAUUGCUAUAAUGGUGGAAUUGGAGUGAAGAGAAACUUAUUGGAAGCUAAAUUGUGGAUGGAAAAAUUAAAUCAACCAAAUCAACAAGUCAAGAGAUUUAAGAAUGCUUUUGAAACUUUAGGAAUUGAAUAUGAUAGUGUGAAGGGAAAAGAAUUAAAUGAAAAAGCUACUGGAGAAUUUGAAACUAUUGACAAUUUAUCCAACCUAUUAACACUCGAAACCGAGUAUGAGAAGAUUACCAAUUAUACGAUUGUAUUCUAUGCCUAUUUCAUUCAAUUCAACACCAUUCAAAGUCCACCAAGAGAUAAGUAUUAUCAUAUUUUGGUAUCAUUGUUCGAAUUGGCCAACCACUUCAGUAAUGAUGAAUGCAAAAGGAAAAUAUUACAAGUUUCUAAUCAAAUCCUGAGAUGUUUUUUCCUUUUCAAGAUGCAAAGUAUGGAUUAUGUUUCGAUUGACAUUUUGCACUCCUUUAUUGUGUAUGAAGAUUUGAAAUCUCUUGAAUUACCACUCUACCUCAUCAAAUAUUUGAUGAAUGUUCAACAUAUUGAACUCUUUGCCAAAUGGAAAUUACAAAAUAGUGGUUAUCAAUUCGAAGGUCCAUGGAAUGAUAUGAUAAUUGGAAAUGAAUUAUCCAAUCACAGUUUCUAUACUAAUAAGUUGGAAUCUUUUGAAUAUGUUCCACCCUUCUUGUCCAUUCAACACAAGGAUGGAGAAGUAACAAUAAUUAGGAACACCAAGAAUUAUAAUUUGAGAAUCUUUAUUGAAUUUAUUGGAUUGGAAAAUGUUGGAUAUCACAUUGUAAUGAGAAAGCCAAAGGAAACUGUCAAAUUGACUCCCUUAAUUGAAUAUUUCGAAAUAAGAGGAGUUCUUUUUUUUUACAAGUAA